AUCCUCCACCAAUCAGAGAUCCUCCAUAGCCUUACUCCGGAAAUGUCAAACCCUUUCUUAGGAAAUGGUGGGAACUCUCGCCAGAGUUUCUCUGAAAUUUUUAAGAAAGUAAGGGGAAGAAAAGCAAAAUCAACUAAGACACUAGCUGCAGCACUUGCAGGACUUCCAGGAGAACUCUGCCACCAAUUUUCACUAGCUGAGCUCAAAGCAGCUACUAAGAACUUUGCUAACAGUUUGAUGAUCGGUACAGGUGGUUUUGGCUGUGUAUACAAAGGGCUUAUUGAUGGCAGGAUUGUUGCUUUCAAAUGCCGCACUCACUCUGAGUCAGUAGAUUAUGAGUUCCAAACUGAGUUGCGGGUUCGGCAGUCGAUGACAAUAAAAGGCGGAGAUCAGUUCCGGACUGAGAUACAGUUGCUCUGCCAGCUAAGCCACCAGAAUCUUGUCUCCCUUAUCGGGUUUUGCCAAGAGAAAGAUGAUAGGAUCAUUGUGUAUGAAUAUCUGACCCAUGGAUCAUUGCGUGAUCAUCUUAAUCCAAGUGCUCAUGACCCACUCCCAUGGAAGCGGAGGCUAGAGAUAUGCAUUGGAGUAGCACGUGGAUUACAUUACCUUCAUACAAGCGCCAAGUAUGCAAUAAUUCACCGCGAUGUCAAGAGUGCCAAUAUUCUUCUGGACAAGAAUUGGGCUGCAAAGCUUGCUGAUUUCGGCUUAGCCAAGAUUGGUCCCCGUAGCAUCUCAAAGCCGAAGGCUUUGACACAAACAGAAUCAGAGAUUGCAGGUACGUAUGGCUAUAUGGCUCCAGAGUAUCGCAUCAAUGGUGAACUCACAGAAAAAUGUGAUGUGUUUUCGCUAGGUGUUGUUUUGUUUGAAGUAUUGUGUGGUAGAUUGGCACAUCAGUUUAUAAAUUUCACCGAGAAUCUAGUUCCUUUGUGCUUUGGAAGGAUAGGAGCGGCUAGUAUUCAUGAUAUUAUUGAUCCAUAUCUGAAAGGAAAGAUAGCACCAGCGUGUUUGACAGAAUUUGUGGGGAUCGCUUUCAGUUGUCUUCAUGCUAAGGCAAGUGAACGACCUUCGGCAGGAGAAGUAGAGGUGAUGCUAGAACUUGCCUUGGAGAAGCAGGACAAAACCGACUCGAUUAUGCAGUGUGUCAAUCCUCGUGCUGUCUAUGCUUACGAGGAAAUAACGUUUCAUGAAUUGGUUCCGGAUUACGAUAGAUACUUUUCUGGGAGACCGAAUGUGACAGACUCGUACGAGCCAUGCAGCAGUUCUAAUGCUUACUCUGUCAACGACCUAGUUUAUUGUGACUCUUCGGUUGGGGAAUGCUCGUUCAGUUCGUUUGAAGGACGAUAAUGUUAGAAGAUAUUGACUUUUUUAUUCAAAUCAAAUUAAGGUUAAUUU